AAUCCGUCAUGUUUGUUGACAGGAAAAUGGCGAGGUCUUUGCUUGCAGUCUAAAUUUUUUGGUAAAAUAAAGGAAUUUGGCGGUAGUUUUGAAAUUCUAUAUGAUGGAGUAAGAAAGAGCCAGUGGCUUGUGAUAUCAUGGAAACAAUGUUUGACUCAGAAGAAGAACUAGAUGACAUUGACUUGAUGGCCACACAGACUUUUGUCACUGACCUACAAGCAAUGAAUCCUACAGUUGUACAAGUUCAUCAGAAUUCCAAAUCGCCAGUUUCAUCCCAGUCAAAUCAAGUACAGAAGACGGCGACUAUCAUUCAGCCUGCUCAGGCCCACACAGGCCAGCAGCAGUUUAUUGUUACAACAUCUGUAGCGGAGGCCCUUACAGAGCAGAAUCAGAGCAACCAGGAGAAUAUUGCCAUCCACCAAGGAGGCCAAGCGCUCUAUCCAGCACAUGUUCAGUAUGUAGAAGGCAAUGAUCCCAGUAUCUACGCAUCUACAAACGGUCAAAUGGUCCGCUGGAAUAACGAAGGACAACAAUACAGCGGAGAUUAUGGACAAACUACAGUAUAUAACACAUCUUCUGGCACCUACUACCAGACCAGUAGUGGACAGGUGACCACUGGCCUUCCAAACAUGGGAACUGCCAUUCAGACAAUGCAGGGCCAUAUAUUAACACAGCAGGGUGGUAACACCUAUCUCAUACAAGGUGGUACAAUGGACGGUAGGGGACCAUUAAAACAUAAAACCAGGGGAUCACCUUCAACAGUUCAGUGGUUGAUAGAUAACUAUGAGACAGCAGAUGGCGUGAGUCUGCCACGCAGCACUUUAUAUAAUCAUUACCUGAGACAUUGUCAGGAACAGAAUCUUGAUCCAAUGAAUCCAGCUUCCUUUGGUAAACUUAUACGCUCUGUGUUCCUUGGGCUGCGUACAAGAAGGCUCGGAACUAGAGGCAAUUCAAAGUACCAUUAUUAUGGUAUUAGAAUUAAAGCAAAUUCUCCCUUAAAUCAAUUUACUGAUGAUCAGACUAUGGCUAUGAGACAACAACCUUUAUAUCAGGGCAAAAAAUUUCGCCCGAAGUCUGAGGGUGGAGACGGAGGUUAUGGAGGAUCAGAAAGUCAGCAUCAACAUGAUGGUCCCACCACACAGCAGCAACAGCAUCAACAGUUCUUGGGGGAUGCUUCAGGGGCAAUACCGAACUUUGGUGAAAUCGAUGUAACCUCGAACCCCCUGCCCGAGGGUUUAUGGGCUAUGGAUCAUAUCCCUCAUUUUAAAAAAUGAAACAGAGAGAAAAUCCCUGAGGCAAUUGUAGAUGUAGUUGUUAAUCUCCAGUUUUCCCUGAUAGAGGCAUUGUGGCAGGGAUUCUGGAGAAAUCAGUCUCCUGAUAAUGACUAUGAGAGACGGUUACCCAGGGAUAAAUUAUAUACAAUGUGUAGAUAUGAGCCAGUGAUGGACUAUGUCCGUAAAUCUGAUUACAUGUUUUACCAAGCCCUUGUUGAAGUCCUUAUUCCUGAUGUUCUUAGACCUAUUCCAAGUUCUUUGACUCAAGCCAUCAGGAACUUUGCCAAAAGUCUUGAGAAUUGGCUAAAAGGAGCCAUGACCAAUGUGCCUGAUGAAAUGAUGAAAACUAAGUUGGGAGCAGUGAGUGCCUUUGCCCAGACACUUCGAAGAUACACGUCCCUGAAUCAUCUUGCUCAAGCUGCAAGGGCAGUAUUACAGAAUACCUCACAGAUCAAUCAGAUGUUGACUGACCUAAACAGAGUGGACUUUGCUAAUGUUCAGGAGCAAGCUAGUUGGGUUUGUCAAUGUGAUGAUAGCAUGGUACAGCAGUUAGAACAGGACUUCAAAAAGACACUUCAAGCUCAGAAUUCCCUGGAACAGUGGGCAAUCUGGCUUGAAGGUGUAGUUAAUCAGGUCCUUAAACAACACGAAGGAAAUCCAAACUUUCCAAAAGCAGCUAGACAGUUUCUUCUCAAGUGGUCUUUUUAUAGCUCAAUGGUUAUCAGAGAUCUUACUCUACGUAGUGCAGCCAGUUUUGGUUCAUUUCACCUCAUUCGUUUAUUGUAUGAUGAGUACAUGUUUUAUCUUGUUGAACAUAAAGUUGCCUCGGCAACUGGUGAAACACCCAUAGCUGUCAUGGGGGAGUUUGUGGAUCUAAGCAGUGCUGUGGCCAUGAGCUUCUCUGAGGCAGAUAUGGAUAAGAAGUUAGAUGUAUCAUCUUUAAACAAAACAUCCAGCAACAUAGUCAGCAAACCACCCACCCUCAUACAAGCACCUUUAAACAAAACAACAGGGGCUGCAACAUCCCUGAUUAACAGAACAACAGCAGAGAAUAUAGGUGGGACAUCAGGGGCAACAACUCUGAUGGUCCUCACAACUAGCACAUCGGGUACAGCCAAUCACAACGGCUCUGUAGGUAUGAUGUCAUCAGGCAACACUGGCACUCUGGCAGUGAAAACAGCAACUACCACCGGAGCAAUGGGUGGAGCAAAGACAAUUGUUGUAAUGCCAGUCUCAAAUAAUUAUGCUGCUGGUGAUGGUGCCACAGCAAAACGCUUUAAAAUAGAAUAGUUAGAAACACACUGAACUAUAUAUCUCUCAUAUUUGCCAUACACUCGUCAUUCAUAUGGACAGAUGUAGUUCAGAAAACUAGUGUUGAAUGCCAAUUUGGAUGGUAUACAAGAUAAUGACCAAGUUCCAUUGGUUGUUUAAAGCUGCUGCUCUGAACUGAUGAAAAGCUCACUUGUCUUGAUUAAUAGUUGUGUUGUUGUUUGUUUUAAAUAUUUUUUUAACAAUUUUUAUUGUUGAAUGUUUGUCAAGAUUUUUUUUUUAUAUCAACAGAGAAAAAAAAGCUAAUUUAGUAUAAUUUGUUAACACAAUUUAUAAUCAGAAUCAUUUUUUAAUAAAGAAAUUUUUUGUCUUAUCAAAAGUUGUUAAAUAGUUUGUUAGAAUAGUAAAAAUUGUAUACUUUACUUUGAGAGUUACACUUAUCCAACAGAUGCAAUGAUCUUUAAAUCGUUGAAUGUCAAAAAUGUAGUUGAUGAUUUGCGGUUUAUUCUGCUGUUUUGCAUUCAACAUUGUUUAUGUGCUACUUGUUUUAUGAAUGCUUUUAUAGUUAUUUUAUAUAUUUUAUCAUCUGUGUAUCAUUAUUUUUGCAAGCAUAGAUUAGUUUUAUGUGCUUUUUUUACCUGAAUACUUCAUUUAGGUAGUUUACACCUCAAUUAUAGUAUGGGAAAGAUAUUUUUUUAAAAUUGGCUCAAGUGAAAAGUUCCAAGUACACUGUGCGUUGUCUUGGUUUGUUAAGUUAUGUGUUAAAAUUAUCUAACCCUUAAAAAGUUGUAAAUUGCACUGGAAGCCUUGAAUAGCUUUUUACCUGUCUGAAAGAUUGCUGGUAUUUUAGUAUAAUGACGAAAAAAGCUGGCCAAAAUAUCUUGAAAAGUUUAUCUACUAUCUAAACAAAAGUUAGCUGCUGUUUUGAGAACAUGUUAAGCGUUGAUGUCUAAAAGAGGUUUAGUUGAAAGCAGUCUUUACUUUGGGAAUAAUGAUUUUAAGGUGUUACUGUUGUCAAACUUUUGAAUUCCAAAAUGAUCACUAUGUCACUUCAUAUUCAGUAAACAUUAACGACUAGGAAUUUGUGUUCAAACAUUGUCGUCCUUGUGUUUUAUUGUAUUGUGUUUUAAAUUGUUUUUUCUACACAUUUGAAACUUGUAAAUAAUAGUUAAAAAAAAUUGUAAAUACAAUUAUAUUUAUAUACAUUUGUAGUCAUUUUGUCUUGUAUUUUGUGUGUGGAGGACAUAAAGUCUGCAAGGGGGUCUAGUAAUGUUACAUUUUGGAUAUGAAAGAAGCAAAGGUGCUGAAUUAAGAGAAUAUUUGAAGAUACUCGUAUAUAUUGUCAACAAUACUAUAUAUUUACCUUAAUGAGGACGAAAUAUGGUAGUUAAUUGGGCUCUCAUUUUUUAAUUUUUGUAUUGGGGAAACCUAAGAUACUGAAGUCCUGCAGUGAAUUGACGAUAAUUUCCUCCUUGUGUUUAUGUAAGCAGAGUAUAACUAGUCGAGCAGGGUACACAUGUAUAUAUAGAAGACCAUUAAAUUGAAUUGCUAUGUCUGAUAAUAAAGUGUAAAAGAUAUAUUGAAGUGGCCUUGAUUUUUUUUUGUUACAGAAAUUACUAGACAUUAAUUUUUCUAUUGCCAUAUAGAUUGUUCUAUAUUUUAAUGUAGAUGUAGUGAUUUUACUUUGGGUGUGAGAGAUAUUUUAGUAUUUUAUUAUUAUUUAAGACCACUUGUUUCAGAGCACAAGAAAAAAUCAAAUUUAUUAUAUACAACAGCUGUUAUUUCUGUGGUACAUGAAAUUGUGAUACAUUUUAUUGAAUGUAUUUUAUUCAAUAAUCUUUUUUCUUUCUACAUUUUAACAUUUUUCAGAAAGAGAUACAUAUUUCUUUUACGGCAAAAAUAAAUUAAAUGCUUUCUUUGCAGUAAUUAAUGAUCUGGAAAAUUUGGAAAGAUUUGACCUUCUUUUCUCAAAUGUUGAAGAAAAAAAAGUCUAGAGAAAAACAACUUAUGUUUGUUAAACGAGUUGAACAGGUAGUGAAAACUGAACAAGUAUUUGUCAAAAAUUGUCAUAUGAAAAUACAUUUUUCACUUUCAGUCCCUAACAUUGUUUUAAGCUAAAACAGAAUCAUCUAUUUUGUCAAACCUUGUGACAAGGUCAUGUUUUAUUUGAUAACUUGCAUGUCAGGUGGUGUUUUUUUUUGCCAUAUUUAAUGUUUUAAAAAGUUAUAAUGUUGCUAUUUAUUUCAUCAUUUAUCUUUCUUAAUUGUAAGUUCAUGUUGGGCUUAAUAAUGUGUUCAGUUUUGUAACUGUAUGUCAUGUUCUUUUUUUUUUUUAUCAAGUUUGUUAAAAGAUGCAAGUUGUUUGAAAGUUUCUAAGUCUAGUGUCAUAUUGACAAUGUCUACAAGGCUAAGGAUAAAUGACUUUGCUGAUGAAAAUGAGUUAUAGCAUAAUUAAAAAAAUUUACGUGGAAUGUCACAUUUGUACAAAGAAUGGGACAUUACAAUUCUUGGUGUUUUAAUUCUGAUUUAGUUAUUUUUUUCUACUCUUGGAAAAAAAUGUAGGUGACUUCUGUCGGGAUCACAACUUUAGUUUGCUUAUUCUAGAGUUAAACCUUUUUUUUAUAGUGAAUUCAGAUUUUACAUUGUUUUCUUACUGAUUAUACAGAGGUUUUACAGGUCUUUAUUUUUAUAUUCAGAGGCCGAGUUCAAUUGUUUAGCUUUGCAUCUCAGUUUUAUUUUCUUAUUUAUUUUCUUAUAAGGAAAAACUUUUCUUUUCGUUGUUUUUUUUUUCUUUCAUCAUAUGUGCUGAAUGGUGACACUGGAAAAGAACAAUGUUGGUUUACAUUGUAGUUAGUUAUUGUUUUAAGUAUUGUUGAAAAGUUGAAAUGCUCAGUUAAAUCUCUGUUAAUCUCCUCAUUUGUGAAUAAUUUAACAAAGAUCCAUAUAACAAUAGUUCUAAUAUUUUAAACUUCCAUCAAGUAAUUUAUUCUCUGUGUCAUUGAUUAAAUAACCAGAUGACUUGCCAUUUCUUCCAACAUUAUUGAAACAUUGAAAUAUUUUAAUCAUUUCUUUGAUAUUAGCAAAGAACAUAUUUUGCAGACAUUUUAAUAAGAGUACAGAAAAUCAUUUGAAAUCAGUAUAUAUAGUUAUCAUUUACAAAAUCUCUUUUCUUAUAAAAUAGAUGGUGGUCAUGGUCUUUAAAAGUAGAUAUCAAGAGAAAAAUCAGUCUUAUAAGUUCUUGUAUUAUUACUUUGUAAAGAGAAUGUUGGAACCAAGUCCCUACAAUAUUUAUAAAUUUAUAAAAACAAGAAUUGUAAAAUUUGCCUAGCUGUAGUCUGUGAACAUUUUGUACAGUAUUAUCUUUUCAUAUGCAAAAUGAAAGAGAGAUAUUUGGAUAUUCUAUCUUAAUUAAAAGUGUUUGAAAGCCCA